AUGGACUCAUCGGUACAAAAUCGUAGGAUAUGGAUUUUGGACUCUCAUAGCUAUUCAGGUUCCGUUCUUCCACGUACCAUACCGGAAUUUGCAACCAUUGUCCACUUUCUGUUGCAUUUACCACAGUUUUCCAAAGGAAACGAAGAUCAGUGCAAUGUCGAUGAGCCCCCAAUAGCUACUCUACCCAACGGGGACAAUUGUCCUCCUUUCAUCCGACCCCGCUCGCCAGAUAUACACAAUUCCAUGAGCAAUCCUACAUCCACAGAUUUGUUACCGCACACGCAACUUAACGUUUCUGUUGAUCCAAACGUGCCUCCGAGUUCCACUCCGAGUCUUUGCCGUUCCGCACAGCAACCCGAUGACCGAGGUUCAGUCAUGCUCAGUUCCCUCAAAUGGAUCUCGUCUACUCCCGCUCCGCACGAACACAAUGUCCGUCAGGUUCUGUUUGGUGAUUCACCGAACAAAUCUAUGCUUAACCUGGAUGCGACGGUUUCACUUCCGAGACUGACUUCUCCCGAAGCUGUCACAUCCUCCCGCCUUAUAGAGCCGGUGGCAAUUGAUUUAACCCUAUCGGACUCGGAGUGUUGUGAUGAAAACGCUGUGACCACCCCUCCUUCAUCCCGCUCAAGAAAACUGGAAGGCCUUGGCAAAGGCAAACGCCACUGUCGAACACCGAUUCCACGAAGACGAAACUUACAUAUGCGACCCAACGAUAUGCGAUUGUUCAGCAAAUCAAUGAGCGCUGUUACUGACCGGAAACCGGACAUUUGCAUUGAUGACGCGUGCGUCCACGUGAAUAGUACCGCCGGUAACAUCCGUUUACCCAAGGAUUCUACCAAUGCCCUCCCCGGCAACGUGACACCUCCUUUGACGUCGUCCGCUGUUGCAUCCCCAGUUCCCGAACAACGUCCCAUUCACUUGGUGUGGGAAGCAUUGUUCGAAGCCACUCAACUACUUCCCAACUCCCAGCUGAAUAGUCAUGACGGUGCGUCUGCGCGAUUGUCAUCCACUGUUCCAUUGGGACAACUGAUGGAGCGCUCGUUGCUCGCGGAUGUCAGUGCUUCUGCCCCGUGUGUUUCACCCGUGAAGAGCGCAAGCAAAUUGCCACUUCGCAGUUAUGCCUCUUAUCGUAUGAAAGCCUCCAGGCCGAAUGCACUUAUGUCCAACAGUCGUUUGAGAACGCGCGAUGAUCCCGUCCAGAUCUGGUCAAGUGUAAAUCAGGAUCCAUUGGCGGAUGAAGUGGUUUGGGAUGACUCCGAACUGGUCGCCCACUAUGACCGUGUAGAUGCUUUUGUCAAGAAAAAGUUGAACGCUUUGUACGCAGCUCAAAAAGAAGCAGCCAAACCUGUCGAACCGAGACCGCGAUCGACCAUCAAUUUACGAAGGUCCGGGUCCACACACGAAUCUUCUCCGCUGAAGCGGAGGAAUACCGAUCGGUCGGACAGACGACGACUCCCGCUACAUGGUCAGGUAUUGCAACGCGAACGACCGGUUUACGCCGUACCGGUUUCCAACGCCUCCCAUAGUCUGGAGGCAGCACUACACUCCGAACGACCUGAGCCUGUUUUAAAAUGUGACUUUCAGUGGAUUCCUCCGACUCUUUAUCCUCCGGAUGACCUGUUCCGGAAGCGUCCAACCCCACGACCUCAACGCUCCCGAUCCCUAAAUCGACCGACCCGAUCAGUUGAAGUGAUCGAUCCGCCUAUCCGAAUGCCACCACUACCGGAUUCAAUGAACCACAUGGAGACGCUGUUGCGCAGUUGGUAUGAAGCUGGUUACAACUUGGGUCGAGAACAUGGGCUGAAAGUACGCUGGUGA